CGGGUUGCCGAAGACGCAUGUGCAACCGAGUCCGAAGUCUGUGCCAGCAACGAGACUUUCCCGAACCGAGAAUCUCUUUGUCGUUUCUUCCUGCUAUCGUUUCACGGUUUUCGAUAUCCUCGAAACCAUGUACUGGAUCCUACUUGUCGCAGCAGCGGUCACCGCGGUACGAGCGAACCUAUAUUUACCGCCGAUAGUCAAGGAGGAUCAAUUUCUGGUCGAUAGUUUCCUCCGUAAAUUGCAAUUGAUCAAUCAAAUGAGAGACGAUCUGGCGGAUGCCGCUGACCCGUACAUGGAGUAUCAGGACAAACCGAAAGAAAUUCCGAUCGAAUUGCCGGCCGACUUCGAUGGCAUCGAUACCUUGAAUCCUAAUCCUAGCAUUCGCGAUCAAGAAUACUUACGACACAGCUCGCUGUACAGUCAUCAGCGGUUGAACAACAAAGAACCCGACGGCAGACAAAAAAUAAAGCCUGGUAGUACAAAGAGCAUCAAGGACGAGAAGACUGAAAACACCUUACCCGCGUACUGUACACCACCGAACCCGUGUCCUAUCGGAUACACCGGUGAAAACAAUUGCAUCGUAAAUUUUGUGAAUACAGCUGCGUUCAGUCGUGACUAUCAAAGCGCACAGGAUUGCAUGUGCGAUUCGGAACACAUGUUGGAUUGUCCUGUUGAUUCGUCGAACAGCGAUAGCCUAUCGGACGUGCACAUACCCAGCUCGAAUUUCAACCAAAUCGUCGAUCAAAUCCAAGCUGACGAGAAUCCGUUCUUCAGGGGUGAAAAGUUACCUAUCGCAGCGAAGAAAGGUAUAAACGUCGAGUAUUAGGGCUUUCGCGACAUAUAUUUUCGUGUCAGGGAAAAGAAUUUCGAGGAACGAACCAAGAAUAUUGAAUUAAAAUAUUUCAAAAUAUAUUGAUCGUAAUUCAUCGGACGCAUAGCCCGCUAGAUAAAUAAUAUGGUUUAUAAAGGCCAGGUGCUAAUUAAGAAGAUUCAAACAUUUGAUUAUCGUGCUGUUACAACUGUACACGCACGGUUCAUCGGACACGUGUGAUUCGUGUAUCGUGCGAAUAACCGGUGUUUGCGCAGACAUAUACGUUUUAAACGACAAAUCUUACAAAUAUGUAUUGUUUUUAAAUAUUGCAUUUCGAUAACGAGAGAAUCUCGUUGUUGCUUUACAAAAUGAUAAAUAUUAUUACCGAGACCAUCAAAAAUUACACGCAUACGUUUUAUAAACCAUAUGCUGCUGAAACCACUAUGAACAACCCUUAACGUGUUUCGCUUAAGCGAACAAAAAAUAAGCUCCGCCAAAUGCACUCUAUUUACCAAUUAUAUUUUUAUUUUCAUACGAUAAUAAAAUAUCGAUUACUAUUUUUAUUGUUUAUAGUAUUCGUAAAUACAUACACAUUUUGAAACAGUAA